UGAAUCAGAUGUAACCUGCUACAAUGAUCCUACAUAUCAGAAGAACGAGCAGACAGGAGGACAGUCAGGACUCAUCAUGAGGGGACUUCUGCUGCUCUGUCUGCUGGGAUGUGUCGCUGCAGCACCGAGCCAAAUUAACUGUGAUGACCUGGCAAAGGCACCACCUUCAUGUUUUCUUCCAACGGAGGGAAUCGCUAAUCCAAACAAUUCCUCACUGGGGAAUAAUACCUUAAAUUCAACUGCAAGUCUUGUAAAACCUGUAGCAACGACCAAAAUAAAGGACGAGAAACUUCAAGCAAAGCCAACAUCUAUACCUCCUGCCAUCACAUUUACCCUCAAUGGCUCCUGGGAGUGGCACCAUUUCAAAAAUCCGUAUAUGUAUCCACCAAAGGAGAUGGCCGACCAGAAAUAAAGAAGGAACACCUGAAGGACGAUGGAUCAACCUUCAUGCAGCUGUUCUGGUUCUUUAAAUAAAUCAUAAAAGCCCAAAAA